AUGUUUAUUCUUCUUUUAUUCAUAUCAAUUUCACUUGGUGAUUAUACUGCUGAUAAGCUCAUAGGCGGAAAAGAGCCAAGAGAGGCUGUUCCACAUUGUGCAUCAGUUUCAAAUGGAGCAUGCACUAGUUGUGAUACUGGUUAUGAACUUACUACCACUGGAAAUAAUAAGACAUGUACUCUUAAAGAAGAUAUGUGUAAAACUGCUUUUUCUUAUUAUGAUAAAACAAACUCUACAAACCCCAAAUGUACUUAUUGUGUUAACGGUAAAGAAGUAAAUACAUCAUCACACUCUGGAAAUGAUAAGUGUGUAUGCAAAAACAAUGUAAACAUUUGUGAGUCAUGUCUUUUGAUGAAAGAUUCAAAAUGUGGAGAAUGUAUAAUUGGGAUGUCUACUACUGUUGAUGGUUCAAAGUUAUGUGAUAAUGCAACUACAGAAGAUCAUGCAGAAAAUUGUGUUGGUCUUUUAGCCUCUUCUACUUCUUCAAAGACUUGUGAUAAAUGUUUCGGUAUGUACUCUCUUCAAGGUGGGAAAUGUACUCAAAAGAAUGAUAAAAUUAAUAAAUGUAUUUUACAAGUUGAAAACUCUUGUAACCAAUGUGCAGAUGGAUAUUCUCUCAGUACUGAUAAGAAAUCUUGUAAUAAGUUCCCGGAGCAUUGCUCAAAGAUUAAUGGUAAUCAAUGCUUGACAUGUAUGGAAGGUUAUUAUUUAAGUAAAACAGAUUCUAAAUGUACUAUAUGUACUGUUGAUAAUCCAAAUAAUCUUUCAGAAGGUAACGAAUGUAGUAUUUAUAACGCUGAACAUUGCACAUCAUGUAAUAAAAGAUGUACUGUUUCUGAUGGAGUUUGUGUCAAGAAUCAUUGUCGUUUAUUCUCACCAACAGAAGAAAAUAAAUGUACAAAAUGUGAUAAUGGAUAUUUCUUAACAACUUCAGGAACAUGUUCACCAAAUUUGUAUGAUGGUUUCAAAACAGCUAAUAGAACAGAAUGUGAAAAUGGCUAUUAUUUAGAAAAAGAUGGUGAUAAAAAGAGAUGUUCACUUUGUCCAGAUCCAUUUACUGAAUGUCUUACUUCUAAAACACCAGUUCCAGGUAAGUUAAAUCUUAGAAGCUCACACUUAACAUCAACUGAUGGACCAUGCAAACUUCCAGGAUGUUUAUUAUGUAGUGAUGAUGAUACUAUUUGUUAUAAAUGUGAGAAUGGACUUACAUUGAAUGGAACUCAUUGCUAUAAUUUUGACACUAAAUCAGUCCUUGGUACUAGUGGUAACAACCAUCAAGUGUGUAAGAUGAGAGGAUAUGAUCAAUAUGAACAAUAUUUGAAUGCAUUUAAAGCAUCUGAUAAUACUUAUUAUUGUCCACUUAAAGACCUUUAUUUACCAUAUUAUUUCAGUGUUACUAAAGGUACUUCAGAUAAUACAAUUACUAUUGGUUGUGUUGGUCAAUUAAGAAAUGUUUCAAAUGACUGUGAAUGUAAUGACAAACAUAUUCCAACAUCAAUUGACAAAGCAUCAGAUUGUGUUUCAAUAACAACCAAACUUCCAUCAUGUGAAAGAACAGCAAAUGGAAAUAUUUGUACACAAUGUCCAGUUGGAUCACAUGUAGGAAAGGAUGGUAAAUGUUCUUGUGGUGAUGCACAUUAUUUUGACAAAGAUAAUGUCUGUAAAAAGUGUCCAGCUAGUUGUUCAAGUUGCUCUUAUGAUAGUUCUAAAAGUAAAGUUGUGUGUAGUGAAUGUUAUGAAAAUAUUCAAGGUGUUACUACAAGAAAUAAAGAAAAUGAAUGCGCUUGCAUAAAUGAUGGUUAUAAAGAAGGACCAAAUGCAGAAGAUAAGAAGAAAAGUUGUGCACAACUAAAUAAUAAUUGUAAAAAGGAAGGUAAAUAUGAAAUUAGUGAUGGAUUUGUUACCUGUCUUGACUGUGAUGACUCAGCUUAUAUUGUUGGUUCACAGGUUGGUGCUUGUACGCAAUGUUCUCCUAAUGCUUUUAAAGAUGAAAAUAAUAAAUGCCAACUUUGUUCUACUAAACAAUCUCAAUAUGGACAUUGUGCAGCAUGUUCAGCAACAGCAUGUAUUACCUGUGAAGACAUUAACUUAAUACUUACCGGAGAAAAGCCAUGUACUGUAUGUAAAGAUGGAUUUUAUCAAAUUGAAAAUGCAACAGAUGGAGUGUAUUGUAGUCCAUGUCCUGCAAAAUGUAAAACAUGUAAAUAUAAUACCACUUCAAAGAAAGUUGAAUGUGUGACAUGCACUGAACAAAGGCUAAAAGAUAUUAAAGCACCAGAAUGUGCUUGUCCAACAGGAACAGUUCAACUUGAAAAUGGAACGUGUCAAAGUUGCUCUGACCUUUCAAAAUAUCCAGGAUGUAAAAAAACUGAUUCAUGUAAUGUUGAUAGUAGAACAGGAUUUAUCUAUGCAACAGAAUGUUCAGAUGGUUUUAGUGGACGUAGUCCUUAUAGUAAUUGUACUACAUGUACUAAGUCUAAUUAUUAUCCAAAAGAAGGAGAAAAGAAUGGGUGUGCUAAAUGUGAUGAUAAAUGUGCAACAUGUUCAGAUAAAGACACUUGUUUAACAUGUGCUGAUCCAUUAAAGGUAGGAAGUAAAUGUGAUGGAUGUAAAACAGGUUAUUAUAUGUCAAAUGGUGAAUGUAAGCCAUGUACCAAUCAUUGUAGUGAAUGUAGUAGUGCCGCAGAAUGUACAGUAUGUGAGAGUGAUACAUACAAGGUAAUUAGUGGAAAUGGAUGUAAUUCAUGUGUAGAUGGAUUCUAUUUUGAUGAGAUUAAAGGAACAUGUAUACCAUGCACAUCACCAUGCACUAAAUGUGUUGGAGUAAAGAAAGAUUGUGAAGAACAAGAAACAGGAUGUAAUUCUGAGAAGAAGAAAAUAGUAGAAGAAUGUACUAAAUGUUCAACAAAAGAUCAUAUUGCUGAAGUACCAGUGAAUGGAGCAUGUGUUUGUGCAUAUGGAUAUGUUGAAGGCACUUCUACAGAAGAUAAUAAAAUUGAAUGUCAAGCAUGCAAAGCUAAAGUUAAUGAGUUUUGUGAUUCAUGUAAUUCCAAAGACUGUUUGAGAUGCAAUGCUGAAUAUUUAGAAGCAAAAGGAGGAGAAUGUGUAUGUGUUGAAGGAUAUUACACAUCUAGUUGGGGAUCAUGUAUUCCAUGUUCAAGACAUAUGCCACAUUGUACUAAAUGUACAGGAGAAGGCGAAUGCACAACAUGUGAAGAUGGAUGGAAAUUAAAAGAUGGAAAGUGUAAUGGAGCUAAAGGCAUUUUCAUCAUGAUGAUGAUAGUCAUGUUAGCAUUUAUGUUCUAAAAGAAUAAUGAUCCAUAAUUAAAUAAUCAAAUAAG